GUCAGUUUCGGACCGGAACUAUAGCUGUAGUCCUGCAGUCAUUUAAAAGACGGAUUUAAAGGAUCUGAAGGAAGAAGUGUUUGGUGUGAGGCUGGAUAUUUAAGAGUCACUUCUGACUCUGGAUGGAGGAGUUGUACACUCUGGAGAAGGAGGUGGGCCGGGGCAGUUAUGGUGUGGUCUUUGAAGGACACAUGUCCAAAACUGGACAGAAGGUGGCCAUCAAGCGUCUGCCCUGCACCAACCCAGAAUGUAUGGAACUGUACCUGCAGGAGCUGUGGGCCAUGAGAGCCACGGCCCAGAACCACACCAACGUCAUUGCACUGCACAGCUGUCUGCAGCAGACGGGGCCCCGCAGCCUCAAGCCCCUGACCCCAGGGAAGCUGCCUACACCCCUGGUGGAGAGUGUCCUCAAGGGAACAGUGGUUGGAGCACAGCCAAGGCAAGACAGGAAGAACAGGCAGUCUAAGACCCUGAGGAGGAAGACCUGUGGGUCCAGACUGCAGGACAGGACCAACACUGUCCAGGCCAAGGCUACAGCAGAUGGUCCAACCCCACUGAGGCCUUCCAAAAGACCCAGGAAGGGCUGGGACCACAGCCAGGACCAGCAGGACCCGCAGGCUGGACCCCUGCAGGCCGGACCCCUGCCCUGCCUGGCCCUGUGGCUGGUCAUGGAGUACUGUGAUGGAGGAGACCUGAACCAGUACCUGCUGUCCAGACCUCCAGACGAACAGCACAACCACAGCGUGGUGCAGCAGCUCAGCAGCGCCGUGGCCUUCCUGCACCACCUGGGCAUCAUCCACCGAGACCUGAAGCCAGACAACGUGCUGGUGUGUGUCACCCACAAGGGCCCCGUUGUCAAGGUGGCAGACUUCGGUCUCAGUAAAAUGAGCGGGGCGGUGGACGACCUGAGCAGACAGCACUUCUCGUCCACCUGUGGAUCGGACUUCUACAUGGCUCCAGAGGUGUGGGGCGGAGUGGCCUACACGGCCCAGGCAGACAUCUUCUCCCUGGGGGUGAUGUUCUGGGCCAUCCUGGAGAGGAUCACCUUUGUGGAAGAAGGAACCACGCAGGAACAGCUGGGUGCAUAUGUGUCCAGAGGCCGCUGGCUCCUCCCCCUUGGUGAGGCAUUAUGGGAGAACUCAGAGCUGCAGCUGUGCAUUCCAAUGAGGUCUAAAAGGGCCCCCCCACUGCCCCCCCCAGGUCCGGCCCUGUGCCGCCUGCUGAUGGACAUGUUAGCCUCAGACCCGGACGCACGGCCCCACGCAGACCAGCUGGAGACCCGGGUCCACCAGGCCCUGGACCUGGACUGAGACCCGGGUCCACCAGGCCCUGGACCAGGACUAAAGCUGGAGACCCGGGUCCACCAGGCCCUGGACCAGGACCAGGACUCCAGCUGAGACCUGGGUCCACCAGGCCAUGGACCUGGACUAAAGCUGGAGACCCAGGUCCACCAGGCCCUGGCCCAAAGCUGGAGACCCGGGUCCACCAGGCCCUGGACCUGGGCUCCAGCUGAGACCCAGGUCCACCAGGCCCUGGACUAGGACUCCAGCUGAGACCGGAGAGACCAGUACCAUGGAAACAUGGACCCCCUGAAGUCCACCAGCAGCAUGUGAGCAAGGAGCACCCCCCCCCCCCCCACCAGCACCACAGACAUCCCAUAAUAUGAGGGAAGAAUAGAAUGGACUAAAGGGUUUGAAGUGAAGCUACAGCUGAGUUUAAAGUGGAAACACAAACAGACACAAGGACAGUUUCAAUGUAAAUAAAUGUAUAAAUCAAACACAUCUGAACCUGAACAUGUGGAACCGUUCCACUGUUCAGUCUGUUCUGAAAUGUUUGGUUCAUUUAGAGAAGAUUAAACCAACUGUUCUGAGUUCAAACUGAAAUGUUCAUAUUUAGUCUGUUCUGAAAUGUUUGGUUCAUUUAGAGAAGA